AUGAUAACAUGGUUUAGCACUGGAUUAGAUGCAAUUUAUUGCUUAUGUGCGGGAAUUGAGGCCAGAAUUCGGUAUAGAUUGAGAACUCGUCCCGAGUGUCGAGAUAAGGGUCCCCGACGUGAGGAAGAGUUACCACCAGUGGUUGUGACGGCUUUUGUUGAACAGACGUAUCCCAGCGAUGGAGACGACACUUACAGCGCUUCGGUUGUCAUUAAACGAGUUCUUAGAGGACACGACUCUCUGGAGAACAAUCGGGUGACAAUCGGAGGCUUUGGUAGUCCGGGUCUGUGUUACUCAAAUGUGAAGAAGAGAGACACCUGGAUAUUCUUCUUGAAUCCCGUUUCCGAAGGCUUUUUACGACUAAACAACACUUUAUUGAAGAUAACUCUUCCAAACUUAGACCGAAUGAAUGCUAUAAUCAAUGACGAACCCUAUAGAAGAAGAGCAACAUCUGAUUGUGUGUCUCCCUCUCCCAUACCAGUGCCGUGUGAGCGACAGUACUGUGAGAAUAAUGGCAACUGUAUUGAAGACAAUCGAUCGGCAGGUAUUGUGACGAGAGCUAAGUGCCUGUGUUUGGAGUAUUGCGCCCACAGUUAUAGUCCUGUUUGCGGUUCUAAUGGAGAGACGUUUCCCAACGAUUGCCAGUUAAGACUCAACUCAUGUCUUCGAGGAAUCAAUUAUUUCGUCAGAUUUCCCAAUUCAUGUGAAGGAUUACAUUGA